GAGACUUUUAGAUUUGGAUGAGGCUAUUAAAUAGGAAAAGCCACAUCUAUACGGAGAUUUGAGGAUAUUCUUGCUGAUAAACCAUUGUUUUCUUUCUUUCUUUAUUAUUAUAGAUUUCAAAAAAUUGUAGUUGGAUUGUUUAUUUCCUAGCCAGAGAGGCAGUGUGUUCACUUUAGAAUCCUUCUCCUUUCUGGUUCACUGUACUCGCCUGUAGCUUAAUACAUACUACUUCCAUUCUUGCCCUAGCAAAAAGAAAAUAGAAAAUGACGCAGGUGUUUCAACAACGCAAGAACAGCCAACAUUCCCUCCUUACCCGCCACGUGUCCCCUCUUUUCUCCAUUACCUUUCGACACGCCCACUCCCGCUCUCCUUAUUAUACGUCACAAGCACCGCACGAAGAGCUACCUCUACCUGAAACCAAAAUACAUGUAUAAAAAAGAGUUAACACUUCCUUUACGACUAUGAGUAUUUAAACAUCCAGAUCUCAGUAAUCUUCGCGCAGUGACAGACAGAGACCGAAAAUGGAGGAGAAUCUCAUAAACAGGCUUGAAGCCGCGGUCGCCAGAUUGGAAAGGAUAUCAGUGUCUGGUGGUGCGGUCGAGAGUCGCGGCUUGGAUAACUUACAAGUGGAUCUCGCGGCGUCGGACCCCGAGAUUUUGGCGUUCGCGGAUCUGAUGGCGCAGCGUUUGGAUAGGCUCGGUACUGCUGCUGAGAAAAUCAGGGGACAGGUGCUGGACGUAACUAAGAUAAUUCUCGAGGCGUUUGGUGUGCAAAAGAGCUUCUCGUUAAAUCAAGCAAACUCAGUUAGCACUUUCGUUUGGAUAGAGGAUGAUAAGGCUAGGAAGUGGGUGGUAGCUCUUAUUCCUUCCCCUAUUUUCUGGCUAACUUGGAGAGAUAGGAAUAGAAUGGCUCUUGAAGUGGAAAUAAUCCCUUUCACUGGAUUAAGAACUUCCUCUUCAUCUCAGCCUAUUGUGGUUAAACUGGUUCUUGUAGAGUAUAGAAACAAAGAUCCAAAUCAUGUGGAAUGGGCCAAAGCUUUGAAGGAGCUAUUUUUACCCGGUUUGAGAGACUAUGUUAAAAGCAAUUACCCUCUAGGUCCAGUCUGGAGUGCUACUGGCAAGGCAGUUGCUGCUCCAUCAAAAGCUCCGACAGCAAGUGCCCCUGCUCCUCCACCUGCACCCCCAGCUUCUCUCUUCAGUUCUGAGUCAUCUAAGCCUUCAUCAUCAAGCCAGAAACAAGGGAUGUCUGCCGUUUUCAAAGAAAUUAAUUCCAAGGCUGUAACGUCAGGUUUAAGAAAGGUUACAAAUGAUAUGAAGACUAAGAACCGUGCAGAUAGAACUAGUGUUGUUGGUGCCGUUGAAAAAGAACGUACUACCUCACCUUCCUUUUCAAAAGCAGGGCCUCCAAAGCUGGAGCUUCAAAUGGGUCGUAAGUGGGUUGUUGAGAAUCAAAUUGGCAGAAAAAACCUGGUUAUUGACGACUGCGAUGCAAAACAAUCUGUUUAUGUUUUUGGAUGCAAGGAUUCUGUUUUGCAGAUUCAAGGGAAAGUGAACAAUAUAACUGUUGACAAAUGUACCAAGAUGGGAGUUGUAUUCCUGGAUGUCGUGGCUGCUUGCGAGAUUGUGAAUUGCAAUGGUGUUGAGGUGCAAUGUCAGGGAUCAGCUCCAACAAUUUCAGUGGACAAUACAGGAGGAUGCCAGUUAUAUCUAAGCAAAGAUGCACUGGGUACGUCCAUAACAACAGCCAAGUCAAGUGAGAUUAAUGUGAUGGUGCCUGGUACUGAUCCUGAUGGUGACUGGGUGGAGCAUGCUUUACCGCAACAGUUCAGUCAUGUAAUGAAGGACGGAAAGUUCGAAACCACUCCUGUCUCUCAUUCUGGAGGGUAACGAAGUUGUUCGCAAAUACGGAAUUAAAUUCCUUGAUCUUUUACUUCAGUUUCAUGCUUGAACUGCUUGAGGGACGGCAGAUUCAUUAUUUGUUAGUUGUGCUUCUAUUAUUUGAUUGCGGUCAGAAAAAAUUUGUUUUGGCUAUGUUUAUUUCAGAGGAGUGGUUUUGCGAUGGGGUUUUUCACAGGUGAGGAUUUUGUUGUAACAGGGAGGGUCACAUGUGUUUAUGAAUAUCAUAUGAUGAUAAAAGGUGUUGUAUUGCUGGAAAUACAUUUGGGUUAUGGCUUAA